AUGAGUGAGUUUCCUGAAAGCUCAGAAAUGGGCUUCAAUUAGUUUUAAAACUACAGAAAUGCCAUUCAUUUAUUGUUGAUGAUUGAGAUGUGGGUCCUACUUGAGAGGAACUAGUUAGUAAAUUUAUGUGGACCCUUCUUAACUAAUCAUCUAUCAUUUACUAAUUCGUUUUUAAUGUUGUUUUCAAUCCCUGGAGGGUGACUGACGCUUUGUAUGAGUCAGAAGGCACCAUGAAACUCAACCUUUAAUCCAUGGCGUUUAUCAGUAUUGAUGUCGGUGUGCCUUGUAUAUCCAGUUAUGCAGACAGCUGGACUUGAACUUAUCAAUAACGCACGUACUUCGUGCUGGGACAGAUGCUUCUCUUGCAUUGACCAGGCAAUAUAUACAGGCAAUAAACCAAGCAUUAUGGCCAAGAGGAACCUUCUCUCUUAUGUCCUCAGUUGGUUGGGUAGGUAGGUGGACUCAAUGUCUGCGGCUGAUUCACUUGCACACAAGGUGCUCGACAAAAGAUCUCACUCAUGUCGUAUAAUUCAUCAGCAGCAUCAGCAUUGUUUUCCUCAAACACGUAUUUCCGCGAAGGAGGGGUCCCGGCAAAGACCUUUUGAGCAUAGAAACUUCAAUGUCGAGGAAGAAGGCCAGAAGCCAGAAUGGUACUGAUCUGUAUUUUAAUAUCAGUCAUUCGUUUUGGGCAGUGAAUUCACCACUGAUUUUUUUUCCUUUUUCAAUUCAAGUCAUGUCAAAGGGAGGACUGAUCAUACAAGACGUUGUUGCACCGCUCAUGCAGCAGGUGGCCGACGCCAAGUGCAUUCUCGCUACCAAACGUAGCAAGAGCAUGCACAACGGCUCCUCUACUGCGGACGGCCUACUACAAGAGAUUGAGAAUGAGGUGCUGCUCAUCAAGGACUCUUUCCAAAGACUAGAGACUUGGAUUAAAGACGUUGAGAAUGAAGUCAGCGUCGUCACAAAAAACCUGGAUGACAUCUUGGAAGGCAAUACAGGAAGAAGAGUAUUUGAUUCCGGGCUCCAAACCAUCCACAAGAGUAUCUUUACUCUGAGAGAACAUGUAACUGGGCCACUUGGCCAGCUCCGCUGUAAAUCAUCCAGUGUUGGUGAACUAGGAGGAGGACAGUGCUCUCUGACCCAUUCCCUCUCACCCACCAUCACCACCGAGCCUCACUUCAGAACCAACUCGGCCACGCAACGAUUUGAAGUCACAAAGAAGUAUGAAAAGAUCAGUCCGACACUGAGAAGAUGUUUGCUCACAUUAGCCAUAUUCCCACAGGAUUCAGUCAUAGAGAAGAGGUUGUUGAUCCACUGGUGGGUUGGGGAGGGACUUGUUACUCCAACUAGUGACCACACAGCAGAGGAGUUUGGAGACCGGUACAUCAAAGACCUCAUCAGUGAGGGUCUUAUCGUUCCUGUUUGUAGAGGCCAUAGCUCACAGGUUAAGCACUUGAGGGUGGAACAAUGGAUUCGAGAAGAGGUAAUCAUUCUUGCUAUGCUAGAUAAAGCUUUCAGCUUCAAUGGCUCCGGGGAGCUGAUAGAAGCUCUCACAUCAUCUCCCCGUGCUUGCUUAAAAGAGUCACCGCAGCAGCAAGGCACUAUACAGAUGCCAGCAAUUACGGAUUUCAGCUGGAACAAUUUCAAGACAUGUUUUAACGUGGAUAAACACAACCUUAGGUUUGAGAGGAGCAGAUUCAUGGCUAUGAGAAAUGCUGCAGUGAUGCAGCUGGGGAGAUGGCAAACCUCUCCCAAGCAUCACAUUGAAACUGUGAGCAUUGAGUUCUUGGAAUGGUUGGCAUGUUUCAACAAGUUGAAGUACCUCAGCCUCCGAGGCAUUUCGAACAUCACCAAGCUCCCUCGUUCCAUUGGCGAGCUGACUGACUUGAUGAUCCUAGACCUCCGAGCUUGUCAUAAUUUGGAGAACCUGCCAGUUGAGGUCACUAUGCUUAAGAAACUAACAUACUUGGAUGUGUCUGAAUGUUACUUGUUGGAUCACAUGCCAGAGGGACUUGGUUCUCUCACAGAGCUUCGAGUGCUGAAAGGCUUUGUGAUUGGGAACUCAAGGAGCAGAGAUCCAUGCCGGCUGGGGGAGCUUGCCAGGUUGCAGAAGCUUUGGAAGCUGAGUAUCAGCAUAGGCCGUGACACUGCCGGCGGGAAAAGAGAAUUCCAUGAACUGAGCCAGUUCACGGCACGGCGUUCACUGACAAUCACAUGGGGAGUUACAGCUUUGGCACCAUCAAACGGAGUGAGAAAUGCACCGUCUGGCAAGUCAAGCGCUGGAAUCAACCUGUCUCCUCCUCCCUAUCUGGAAAAGCUGGACCUGCGCUGUUUCCCUCGAAACAUGGCGCCAGAGUGGUUGACUUGUGGGAAAUUUCUCAACUUGCAGAAGCUGUACAUCAGGGGAGGUAGCUUGCGUCGUAUUGGUGUGGGAACAGAGCUCAAGUCCGUGGAGGUGUUGCGCUUGAGGUUUCUCUCUGAAUUUAGGAUGGAAGAACAUGAAUUGCGGAAGAUUUUCCCACGUCUAGUGAUUCUAGAAGUUCAAGAUUGCCACAGGUUGGCAUCAACUGUUUGCAAACUAUGUUCGGAUCAGCUUAUUGCUAAUCCAAAAGCGUGCUCAUGAGGUUUGUUAUUAUGUUUGGAUGGGUUUUUUUUGAAUAAACUGAAGCUGUAAAAUAAACCCAAAUACAGCUUAUUUUAUAAAAUGCCAAA